AUGCGAGUGAAGCCACCUAUCUCUCAGACCUACGAAAGGAGUACUGACAAGUUUCAGUACGAGAUCUAUUUGCUUGGACCUUGCUUUCUCCUGGGCAUCCUGUGCACCGAAGAGUACUCUGUGGCAGAGGUCCUAUGGACUACCUCCAUUUGGCUGGAGAGUGUGGCGAUCGUGCCACAGUUGGUUUUGUUGCAGCAGAUGAGGGAGGUGCCUGGGAGGACGUAUGCUGCUCCUGCCGCACAAGUAUUCUUGCGCGUCUUUGAUUGGCUUUACAUUGGUGGGCAAUACAAGCUACACAAAGUCACGCAAUGA